GACUAAAUUGUUUAUUACCGUCAAGAUGGCUAAAAUAAUUUAUCUUCUGAUAGUAAUUUUAAGUUCAGUGAUCCUGUCGACUGUUUGUCAACGACUACGGAAUAGGCCAUUGCUAGCAAAUGUUAAUUCCAGGCUUGGACCCCCGGAGGAUAAAUCGGUGACAGAGGCUCCAAUGGUUGAUAUGAAACAAAACUCUUCAACUACGACUGCGGAUAAUCCUACUGUUUUGGUUCAAACUGCAAAUAGUGUAAACAGUGAUGGUAGCUUUGAAUUCAAUUCGCACGACCCAAAAAUCGACAUUUACAUAAAAGGAUCUCUGAAAGAAAUCAACGGUGUUAUGUCCAUUGUUAUCGAUGGGACCUAUGACAACAAAAUUGACAAUGUCGCAUUCCAUUUUUCGGGAAAUGAAAAAGAAGGAUUUACUGUGGAGCCUCUUUAUUUAACGACCCACAUUUUGCCAAAAACAGUGACAACUUUACUUGGAUAAAUCGGCGGAAUUGAGCACCGAAAUAUGUUAAGAUUGUUCUGCAUUUAUUCCGUUUUGUAUAUUUUUUGUAAGUUACUCUAGAAAUAAAUAUCUUUUUGUU